ACAUCCAUACAGGGGCGGACUGACCAUUUGGAAACUCGGGCACUGCCCGAGGGCCGGGGGUCAGUAGGGGGCCCCAUGAGAUGCCCCUGGUACCUUUUUCAUAGGCUUUUUUGAGUUUGGGCAAGGACACAGGGGCCCCAUGAUCCCCUAUUGCCCGGUGGCCCCAUGAGUUGUCAGUCUGCCCCUGAAGGCAGGUGAGCAUAUGUGUGAUGUUUCUGGUUAGGCUUUCCAACAGAGUACUUAGCAGCAUACAAGCAUAU